UAAUGACAAUUCCCUCAUACCUGCCUCAGGUGUGACGAUUUUAAAACGAGACGGAAGACAACAAACAUGGCGUGCUUACACAGGUUCCUCUGCUGGAAUCUCCGAACAGCAUGCUUUGUUUUCUAUAUUUUAGUUGUGUUUACAGCUACAUUUGCCCUAACCCUUCGCCUUGUAGACCUGAUAGCUACAGGAACAGACUUUGAAAUCAGCAUGGGGUUUAAAACGCUGUGGCGAGCUCAUUUUUGGCAAAGUUUUUUGGCCAGUGACAUAGUUCUCACUUUUGGUCAUGUGGUGAUGAUUCUUUACAGUGGCUUUAUGAUUCUGCAAGUGAUGGAAAGGCAUUUUGUGAUGUACAUGAGAGCACACAAAAUCUACAUCAUCUGCUUCAUCAUAUACAUCUUAGUCGAGUUUGCCUUCUCUGUUUUCGAGUACUCAUUCUAUGCCAUGAACACAUUUAGGCUGUCCUUUGUGGUGUUUACAUGGCUCUUCUGGGUGUUCAGGACACUUCUAAAUGUUACGUUCAUUGUGGUGUUGUUUGCCAGGAAACAGGAAAUGAACGAGCAGAUGGAGUAUGAACUCCGAUCUGCCGGAGAGUCAAAGCGAGGCUAUUACUGAGGUCAAAAGGUCAUACAGCUGAUUCAAAGCAUCCAUUUCUUCAUUGUGCCAUCCGUAGGAUAAACCUAUCAGUGAUGUAUCAUCCAAAUAAAAAGGAAUCUCCACGGAAAA